CCGGGUCGAUUAGGAAAGCGCGAACUAGGUCCGCAUGCAUUCGAGCGGGAGAUGCCUGCGGAGGUCCGACGUCGAUUGGAGGAAGAUACGAAACCGAGAGAAGUCAACCGAAUCGGCAAGAACGGCAAGAUCGUACGUGAAAGGCAUGUUUCGAAUGAGACCACUGGAUUGGUACCGGUGCUGGCCGACUUGUGCGCUAUGGAGGACACUACGACCGUGGCUUACCUCUGCCACCCGAGCACAAAGCAUAUCCACAAAGUGAAGUGCGAUGGCGACUUUUGCGGCUAUUGGAGUACGCAGAUGGUUUUGUCAUACGUCCAACAUGUCAACCCAGACGGACCACAAACUCUGCCAAACGUGCUCAAGAUGCAAAGUUAUAUCGAACAGGCAUGGGAUCGUGGCAUCGGCGCUCACGGCAGAAUUGAAACUGGGGGCAUCUACAACACCAGAAAGUGGAUUGGCACACACGAAGCUGUCGCGUUUUUCACUCGUAUCGAUGUUGGUGUUGAUGCGCUCGCGUUCGAACAGCCAAAGGACCGCAAUGGAAAUACCGCCGUUCAAGAACUCUUGGAUCACGUUGAAGCCUACUUCAUGAGCGCCAUCGAGUUUGAGGAAUAUGGGACGUCGCGCGUCACGCAAUUGCCGCCCAUCUUCUUCCAACGGCUCGGCCACUCAAUGGCAAUCGUUGGAAUCGAGAGGAAAGUGGACGAGACGCGAAACUUGCUGGUCUUCGAUUCUUCGCAUGCGACGUCUGAGACGAUGAAGAAGCUCGUUGCAACCGGUCGCGCAACUGCUUCAGUUCGGAGGCUCCUGGACGUGUAUCGAAGAUCUGACUGGUCUCUUUCGAAGUGGAAUGAGUUUGAGAUCAUC